AUGGAUGAUGAUGAUGAUGAAAAUGAUACUCGUAGUCAAAUGAUGUUAAAUGAUACAACAACUGGUUCAUUUGGAACUGCUCACUUUCUUCAAUCAUCAAUUAAAUCACAUGGUACAGCAAGUGGUACAUUUGGAAAUGCUCAUCUUCUUCAAUCAUCAAUUAAACUACAUAGUACACAUAGUAAUACAUUUGAACCUGCUCAUUUUCCUCAUUCAUUAAUUCAAUCAAGUAGCACAACAAGUAGUGCAUUUGAACCUGCUCAUUUUUCUCAAUCAUCAAUUCAACGACGUAGUACAACAACUAGUACAUUUCAAGGUCCUCAGGUAACCCUUCACUCGCUUCAACUUCAAAAUACAAUUAUUGAGAGAUUCGCAUCAGCUUAA